AUGGCAGCUGUUUUAGACGCCACUAAGCUACGCAUUUUUCAAAAUGAACAGCCUGCUGUAGUCCCGGAUCCCGAGAAAAUACAGUUUGGAAAGACUGUCACUGACCACAUGCUUCAGAUACAAUGGACAGAGUCUGAAGGCUGGCACACGCCCCGCAUCAUUCCCUAUGGAAAUUUGAGCAUUGAUCCUACCGCCGGAGUCUUCAACUAUGCCUUUGAGUGCUUCGAAGGCAUGAAGGCAUACAAGGACGCACAGGGCCGAGUACGGCUAUUCAGACCAGAAGUCAACAUCGCCCGUCUGAAUCAAUCGGCAGCUCGAGUGUCACUUCCAACAUUCGAUGCCAAGGCCUUUCUGAAUCUCCUAAUGGAAUUUGUGGCGAUAGAGUCUCGGCACAUCCCAGCCACCCGAGGGUACUCACUCUACCUUCGCCCGGUCUUAAUUGGUACGAAUCCCGGACUGAGCGUAUCCGCGCCGACCUCGGCUCUUCUGUACGUGGUCGCAUCACCCGUCGGCUCGUACUUCCAAAACGGACUCGGGGUGAUCACGCUAGAGGCAGUUAGCAGUUCGCAGUGGGUGCGUGCGUGGCCUGGAGGGAGCGGAAGUCACAAAGUUGGAGCCAACUAUGCCCCCUGCAUGGUGGCGGAAGCGGGGGUCCGACAACGGGGCUCUGAUCAGGUCCUCUGGCUCUUCGGGGAAGACGAUUUGCUAACAGAGGCUGGAACAAUGAAUUUGUUUAUCGUGCUCGGGCGACCGGAUGGGAGUCGUGAGCUCGUAACACCACCGUUGGACGGCACGAUUUUACCUGGUGUCAAUCGUGAUUGUGUGCUGCAAUUGGCUCGGGAGAGAUUAGAGGUCCAUGGGUGGACGGUCCACGAGCGGAGUAUCUCCAUGCAUGAGCUGGAGGCUGCUAGUGCUGAUGGAAAUCUGGGGGAAGUGUUUGGCACAGGUACUGCGGCUGUUGUCAGCUCGGUUAAAUCAAUUCGGUGGAACGGACGGACGAUCAUGUGUGGGGUGUCAGCACAGUGGGAAGUGGCGGCCAAGAUGAGGGGAUGGAUUGAAGCUCGGCAAUAUGGUGAGGAUGAGCAUGAGUGGAGUGUCUUGGUGAAUGAACCCAAUAUGAAGAACUCGGAUUAG